GGAACUCAAAAGGCUCUUCGUGGUGAUACUAAAGCCAUGGCUGUUACUGCUAUUAUUGAUGGUACUGGGUCUUUAGGUAAGAUUUGUUUUGUUUGCAUGUGCUGUAUUUUAUUGAUCUACAUGUAUUCUAUUCUUGUAAAUUGUAUUGUACUGUAUAUUGUAAUUUAUUGUAUUUUCUGUAUUGCUUUUUGUUGUGUUGUUUACGAAAAUUACAGUUGUCUACAAUUGUCUUGUUUAUUAUAGGUGCUGCACUUGGGCCACUCCUGACCUCUUUUCUCUCGAGCAAUGUAUGUAUUUCGUUCAACGUUUCCGUGGCAAUCAAUAUACACUACAUAUGUACUUGUUUUGUUUUCAAAUUUUUUCAAACUCAUCCCGUUUUCUUAUUGGGUAAAGCUUCCGAUUCGUUUAUUGAGCCACAUUCCCCGUCUGUUUUGAGUUCCAUCCUUCUACUUCACAACAUAAAAAUGCAUGUGUAAUGGUUAGCCUAUAGGUUUUCAUAUCACUGGCGAGUUACAGCUGUCAUGAAUUUGCGUGCUGCCCGUUUUCUGAGAUUCCGAAAUUAAUGCCAGUCAACCUGCAAACUUUGUCAAAGUAGCACCCUAAAAUAGUAAGGCGGAAGCGAAAAGGCCGAGGACUAGGCUAUAUGUAAUGAUUUGAACUGUUAGUUAUCUUGCAAUGUCGUCUUAUUGUAUUCAACUAUAUUAUCAAGGCUCCUCUAUUAAACCCCUCUCUAAUACACGCCCUCUCAAAUGUGACAGAAAUAUAUAUUUGCUUAGGGACGCACAGUCAGCGUGUUUUGGACUUCUACAUUUUUAAUUUUUUUUUGCACAGAGUUGGAAUGACGUAUUUUACAUGCUUAUAACAGCGAACACCUUAGCUGCUUUG